AUGAAUUUUUUCAAAAACCUACUCAUAAUAGAGCUAUUCUCUCUAUGUCUAUGUUUUCGAUCCUUUAAGACUUAAUUUAACCCAGAAAUAUUUCAAAGGUCUUGUCCUACUAAUCAUUAAUUUUGGCCACAAAUCCAUCCUUAUAUGUGCGCAAGUAAUUUGUUCUUCUACUUUAGGUUUUAAUAGUUUGUGUGGUGGAUAAUCAACAGUACCUCGAUAAGCGAUUGCUGGUAAUAACGAAGUUUUUUGCCAUCCUUUAAUAAAAGGGUAUGCAUUAACAGCGAAUAAUGAUACUAAUAUAUUUUUGGGAAAGUGGCCUUAUAUUACUCUAUAUUCAUAUGAUUAAAAUAGAAAUAUUAACUUUUUAACCUUAAACUUGACUAUAUUAUAUGAGAAUGGAUGUUUAAUAGGAACACAUUUUAGUGGUACAAUUAAAUGUAUAUAUUGUGUUGGAUACAAUUAUGGGGAAAAUUGUACUUCCUCACUAUUACCACUAGGUAAAUGUUUAGCUUAAUAAAAUAGUAUGUGGACAGUAUUGUAAAACAUGUGAUACAAAUAAUUAAAAGUGUGCUACCUGCAUAGAUGGUCAGUCUCCGCUAGACGAUACAGACUUUAAAUGUACAUUAAGUAAGCAAAAUUAUUAUUAUUGAUAGAAUGUUAAACAGGUCAUAAAUCAUGUCAAUUAAUAGAAUCCGUAUAUUCAUUUACUGAAUGUAAUUAUGGUUAUGAAUUAUUAAAUGGAUAGUGUAUAGGUAAUAAAUUUCAUAUAAUUAGAAUGCCCAAAUAAUUGCAAAAAAUGUUAAUAAGGAGUUUGCUCAGAAUGUUUAUGGCCUUAUUCUAUAAAAAAUUCUUUAUGCUUUGAGGAUAGAAAUUGCAUUAAAUAUGAUUAUGUUUAUGAUUCUGAAGGAACACCAAUAGAUACCAAUUGUCAAUAAUGCGAUCCUGGAUAUUUUAAAAAAGGAACUAGAUGUUCUGGUAUUAAGAUAAUUUCUCAUUUUAGCUUGUUAAGAUGAACCAGGAUUAGAAAAAUGUUUUAUUUGUAAUAAUGGAAACGAAUGUAAAGGCUGUUUUGCAACACAUUAUUUAACCUCUGAGAAAAAGUGUGCUCCUUAUACAAGUGAAUGCAAUCUUCCAUGUUAAACUUGUUUAGAAACUGAUCCAAAUUAUUGUACAAGCUGCUAUUAUCAAAACAGAUUAACAGCAAGAAUAAUUCCAGGGAAAUGUGUAUGUGAUUAAAUUGCAGGAUAUGCUGAAUUAAAUGGAGAAUGUUUUUUAUGUUAGAGUGGAAAUUGUGAAACAUGUACUUUAAAAUUUGGAGAAUGUUAAUCAUGCAAUCCUUUAAGGAAUCGAAGUCUUGUCGGUUUUACUUGUCCAUGCCUCUAAGGAUAUUUUGAUACUGGGUUAGAGGAUAAAAUUUGUUAAAGUAUAAAGGGCAAUAAUAAUUAGAAUGUUAUGCUUCAUGUUAUAACUGUUCAGGACCACUUGAUAAUGAUUGUACAGAUUGCGGAGAUCCUAAUGUUUAUUAUAAAUAAUUAGUAAAUGGAAAAUGUAUUUGUACUAUUAGAACAAUAUCAUUUUUAUAAUAGGAUGGGCAAACAAUAUGUUAACGUAGAAAAUGUAUUUUAUAUUUAGCAUGUCAUCAAAGAUGUGAAAAAUGCUAUUAACCAUUAGAUUAAACAUCAAAUUAAUAUUGUACAAUGUGUAUAGCAGGAUAAAAUAGAAUUGUAUCUGAUGAUUUAAAAUGUAUUUGUAGAAAUGGAUAUGGAGAAGAUGGAAUUGUAGAUAUUUGUUUUAGUAAUUGAUUAUGUUAAAUUAUGUAGAAUGUCAUUACACAUGUAGCAGUUGUAAUGGACCGUUAUCAACCAAUUGUGUCACCUGUUCAAAUGAAUCAAAUAGGCAUUUAACUUUAAAUAAUGAAUGUCAAUGUAAUUAGACUUAUUAUGAUACUGGAAGAAAUGAUAUUGUUUGUUAUUGUAACUAUAUACAUUCAUUUUAGUGGGUUGUCAUCACUCUUGUUUAGAUUGUAAUAAUAAUGGAGAAGAUUAAUGCAUAAGUUGUCCAUCUACUAGAUAACCUGAUAGAAUUGGAUUAACAUUUAAGUGUUAAUGCAUAGAUCCACAUUACUAUAGUGAUCAAUUUUAAUUAGAAUGUUUAGAAUGUCAUUUUACUUGUAAAACAUGUAAUGGAAUUAAUGAAACCAAUUGUUUAACUUGUGAUUUAAACUACAGAUAAUUAAUAAUUUCUAAGUGUGAAUGUCCUUAUGGUUAUUAUGAUGUUGGCUAAUUAUAAUGCUAAUGUAAAAUAAUAUAAUAUUUCAAGAAUGUCAUUAUACCUGCAUGACAUGUUUUGGAACUGAAAUUGAUAAUUGCAUUACUUGUUCAACUGAAAGUAACAGGAUAGUCAAAUCUAAUAAAUGUGUUUGUAAGGAUGGACAUUUACAAAAAUAAGUAGGAGAUCUAAUAUGUUAAAGUAUUUAUAAACUUAUAAUUUUAGAGUGUUCAUAUCGAUGUGAAUCAUGUAGUGGAACAAUUGAUCAUUGUGACAAAUGCCCAGAUUUUUCUUAUAGAGAUCUUGGUGUUGAUCAUUCAUGUUUGUGUCCUGAUGAAUCUUAUGAUGAACCUGAAAAUCCAAGAUGCAUAAGUAAUAAUUAUUACAUCUUAGUUUGCCAUUAUACUUGCCUAACAUGCAUAGGAAAUUAACCAAACUAAUGUAUUUCCUGCAAUACAUUAUCAAGAAGAUAACUGAAUGAUUAAAGUGAAUGCCAGUGUAAAACUAAAUAUUUUGAUAAUGGUUAAUCAGAAUGUUAAGGUAAAAUUGAAAAAUUUUAUUUAUUAGCUUGCAGUACUAUAUGUUUAGAUUGUAAUUAUUCUUCUGAUAAUUGUACAUCUUGUUAACCAGAAAAAUAUUUAUAUGGAAACACAUGUCUAUGUAAAACUAAACUUUAAGGUUCUUUUGUUUCUACAUUUUCGCUUUUAAAUAAACUUCAAUGUCUAGGUAUUAAUAUAAUUGAAUAAAGUUUGUCAUUAUUCUUGCUUAACAUGUUCAGGUCCGUCAUCUUCAGAAUGUAAUUCUUGUUGGGAUUAGGAAAAUAGAAUUUAAUUAGGAACAUCUUGUAUUUGUAAAAUUAAUUAUUUUGAUAUUGGAAAACCCAAAUGCUCUUGUAUAAUAUAUUUUUAAUCUUAGAGUGCAAUUAUCGAUGUGAAAAUUGUGCAGUAUUGAAUAAUCUAUGUUUAACUUGCCCUCCUUUAAGUUUUAGAGAAUUAAUUAAUUCACAAUGUUUAUGUUUAUAAGGAUAUUAUGAUGAUGGAAUUAAUCCGAUUUGUUAGAGUAAUCAAUAUAAUAUUAUGUUUUAGAAUGUCAUUAUUCAUGCCAAACUUGCUCUUAAAUAGCAACAAAAUGUAUCACAUGUUCAACAAUUUAAAAAAGAAUAUUCAACAGUAUUUUUAAUUCUUGUAUUUGUAAUGAUAAUUAUUAUGAUGCUGGAGUAGAUAUAUGUUAAAAAUGCCAUUAUUCUUGUUUUAAUUGUAUUGGUUAAGAAUCUAAUUUAUGUAAGACAUGCAUUAAUUAAAAUACAUCUUUCAGAGUUUACAAUAAUGGAAUUUGUUAAUGUCUUUCUGGUUAUUAUGAUGAUGGAGAAUCAGCUAAUUGUUAGUAAUGUCAAAUUUAAUGUUAAACUUGUUUGAACUAAUCAUAUUUUUGUACUUCUUGUGGAGAUACACGACACUUGAAUGGAAAUAAAUGUGAUUGUGAUUAACAUUAUUUUGAAACUGGAUAGCAAAGGUGUGGUGAAUGUGAUAAAAAUUGUUUAAAUUGCAAAUUAAAUCCAUCUAAUUGUAUUGAGUGUUAAAUAACAUAAUUGAGAAUUUUAGAUAACUUAACUCAUAAAUGUAUAUGUUAAGCUGGAACAACUGAAAUUAAUGGAAUUUGUUAAGAAUGUCACAUUUCUUGUUUAACAUGCAUAAAUUCAAUAACAAAUUGUUCAUCUUGUGGAUUAAUGAAAUCAUUAUUAAACAAUUAAUGUUUAUGUGUACAAGGAACUUAUGAAAUAGAAAUUAGUAAGGAAUGUAAANCAUGCAUAGGAAAUUAACCAAACUAAUGUAUUUCCUGCAAUACAUUAUCAAGAAGAUAACUGAAUGAUUAAAGUGAAUGCCAGUGUAAAACUAAAUAUUUUGAUAAUGGUUAAUCAGAAUGUUAAGGUAAAAUUGAAAAAUUUUAUUUAUUAGCUUGCAGUACUAUAUGUUUAGAUUGUAAUUAUUCUUCUGAUAAUUGUACAUCUUGUUAACCAGAAAAAUAUUUAUAUGGAAACACAUGUCUAUGUAAAACUAAACUUUAAGGUUCUUUUGUUUCUACAUUUUCGCUUUUAAAUAAACUUCAAUGUCUAGGUAUUAAUAUAAUUGAAUAAAGUUUGUCAUUAUUCUUGCUUAACAUGUUCAGGUCCGUCAUCUUCAGAAUGUAAUUCUUGUUGGGAUUAGGAAAAUAGAAUUUAAUUAGGAACAUCUUGUAUUUGUAAAAUUAAUUAUUUUGAUAUUGGAAAACCCAAAUGCUCUUGUAUAAUAUAUUUUUAAUCUUAGAGUGCAAUUAUCGAUGUGAAAAUUGUGCAGUAUUGAAUAAUCUAUGUUUAACUUGCCCUCCUUUAAGUUUUAGAGAAUUAAUUAAUUCACAAUGUUUAUGUUUAUAAGGAUAUUAUGAUGAUGGAAUUAAUCCGAUUUGUUAGAGUAAUCAAUAUAAUAUUAUGUUUUAGAAUGUCAUUAUUCAUGCCAAACUUGCUCUUAAAUAGCAACAAAAUGUAUCACAUGUUCAACAAUUUAAAAAAGAAUAUUCAACAGUAUUUUUAAUUCUUGUAUUUGUAAUGAUAAUUAUUAUGAUGCUGGAGUAGAUAUAUGUUAAAAAUGCCAUUAUUCUUGUUUUAAUUGUAUUGGUUAAGAAUCUAAUUUAUGUAAGACAUGCAUUAAUUAAAAUACAUCUUUCAGAGUUUACAAUAAUGGAAUUUGUUAAUGUCUUUCUGGUUAUUAUGAUGAUGGAGAAUCAGCUAAUUGUUAGUAAUGUCAAAUUUAAUGUUAAACUUGUUUGAACUAAUCAUAUUUUUGUACUUCUUGUGGAGAUACACGACACUUGAAUGGAAAUAAAUGUGAUUGUGAUUAACAUUAUUUUGAAACUGGAUAGCAAAGGUGUGGUGAAUGUGAUAAAAAUUGUUUAAAUUGCAAAUUAAAUCCAUCUAAUUGUAUUGAGUGUUAAAUAACAUAAUUGAGAAUUUUAGAUAACUUAACUCAUAAAUGUAUAUGUUAAGCUGGAACAACUGAAAUUAAUGGAAUUUGUUAAGAAUGUCACAUUUCUUGUUUAACAUGCAUAAAUUCAAUAACAAAUUGUUCAUCUUGUGGAUUAAUGAAAUCAUUAUUAAACAAUUAAUGUUUAUGUGUACAAGGAACUUAUGAAAUAGAAAUUAGUAAGGAAUGUAAAUUCUGCAAUAAGACAUGUUAAACUUGUAUAAAUACAGAUAGUUAUUGUUUAACUUGUUCAGCAGAAGAUUUUAGAAUCUUUAAAUCUGGAAAUUAAUGUGUUUGUUAGGAUGGAUAUUUUGAAGAUUCUUUUCAGAAAUGUAUAUAAUGUGAUUUAUCUUGUCUUACUUGUUAAAUUAAUUCUAAAUUUUGUUUGUCAUGUAAUUCAAGUUUAAGUUUACAAUUAAGUGAUUAAAAUAAAUGCAUUUGCAUGUCUGGACAUUAUUUAAAUAUUUUAACUAAAUAAUGUGAAAGUAAUUAAAUUGAUUUAUUAAAUGAAAUAUAGAUUGCAAUAUAACAUGUAAAGAAUGUGAAAGUACAUUGUAAUGUAUAGAAUGCGAACCUUUGACUAGAUAUUUUGAAUUGGAUAAUUUUAAAUGUCCAUGCAAAGAUGGAUUUUACGAAAUAAAUGAAAAAUUAUGUUAAUGUAAUAAUUUAUUAAUGUUUAUAGAAUGUGAUUUAACAUGUAAAACAUGUUUAAAUUCAUCAGCAUUUUGUUAAACAUGUGAAUCCACAUAUUUUAGAUAAUUAAAUAAUUCUAAUAAAUGUAAAUGUUAAGAUGGUUACUAUGAUGUUGGUAUUGAAAUGUGUUAGAAAUGCAAUAAUUUAUGCAAAACUUGUUAGUUAACUUCAAUUUAAUGUUUUUCUUGUUAUGAAACUGAAUAAAUUAGAAUAUUGAAUGGAAAUUAAUGUAUUUGUAAACCUGGUUAUUUUGAUAAUGGAUAAUUAAUAUGUGAAUGUAAUAUUGAAUUACAUUUUUAGAAUGCUCAAAAUCAUGUUUAACUUGUCAAGGAAAGAAAGAUUAUUGUACAAGUUGCGAUAUUAAUUAAAAUAGAAUUGAUCAAUCUAUAAUUCAUAAAUGUCCAUGUUUAUCUAAUUUCUUUGAAGAUUAGGAUGAAAUAUGUCAAAGUAUUUAUAUAUCAAAAUAUUUAAAACUUUAGAAUGUCAUAUUAAAUGUUCUGGAUGUAUUAAAUAAAGAGAUUUAUGUAUAAGUUGCAAGAUUUCUAAUAAUUCUUAUCGAUAAACAAUAACUUAAAAUUGUAAUUGUAAGGAUGGAUAUUUUGAUGAUGAAGUAUAAUUUUAAUGUUAAAAAUGUAAUUAUCAAUGUAAAACUUGCGAAUAAACAUCAUCAAAUUGUUUAUCAUGUUUUAAUAAUUUGAGAGAAGGAGCACCGAAUUGCAAAUGCAAAACUGGAUAUUUUGAGAAUGAAUAAUAAACUUGUGAAUGUAAAUUAUUCUAGUUUAUUUUUAGUAUGUGAUAAUUAAUGUAGUACUUGUGAAAAUGAAUCAUCAGAUUGUACAAGUUGUAAAGGAAAUAGAAUAAAUAAAAAAUGUGAUUGUUAAGAUGGAUAUUUUGAAGGUGGAUUACCAGAAUGUGUUUGUAUUAUAAUUUAUAAAUAAACUUUAGAAUGUGAUUUUAAAUGUUUAACAUGUUAAAAUAAUCAAUCAGAUUGUAUUAUUUGUAAAGGAGAUCGUAUUAAUAAUCCAAUUUGUUAAUGUUAAGAAGGGUUUUAUGAUGAUUUUGAAAGUAUUAAUUGUUAAAUGUGUGAAAUGAAUUGUAAAAGUUGUAACAUUGAAGGAUGUUUAACAUGUAAUGGAAAUAGAAUAAUAUCUGAUGAAAAAACAUGUGAAUGUCCUUAGAAUUCAAUUAGUCAUUCACAUACUCCUUGGUGUUCAAGUAUUUUAUUCUAUCAUUCAUAUUUUUAGAUUGUGAAGUUGCUGUUUUAAAUAUUAAAUUAUCUGAUGAUUUAUUAUAAAUCAUUAUUUCAUUUGAUCUUUCUUUAAAUCCUAAUUAUUUUUAAACUUAAUAUUUUUAAACCAAUAUUUGCUCUAAAAUUUUGAAUAAUCAAACAAUUUAAUUAUUAGGAAAUAAUCCUGAUUGUCUAUUAAAUUAAGAAGAUCAUAAAUAAUUAAUUAUUUAAUUAGGUUCUGGUGCUAAAAUUAUCCCUGGAGAUUUUAUUAUUUUUUAAAAUAAUUCAUUUGGNAUAUCAAAAUAUUUAAAACUUUAGAAUGUCAUAUUAAAUGUUCUGGAUGUAUUAAAUAAAGAGAUUUAUGUAUAAGUUGCAAGAUUUCUAAUAAUUCUUAUCGAUAAACAAUAACUUAAAAUUGUAAUUGUAAGGAUGGAUAUUUUGAUGAUGAAGUAUAAUUUUAAUGUUAAAAAUGUAAUUAUCAAUGUAAAACUUGCGAAUAAACAUCAUCAAAUUGUUUAUCAUGUUUUAAUAAUUUGAGAGAAGGAGCACCGAAUUGCAAAUGCAAAACUGGAUAUUUUGAGAAUGAAUAAUAAACUUGUGAAUGUAAAUUAUUCUAGUUUAUUUUUAGUAUGUGAUAAUUAAUGUAGUACUUGUGAAAAUGAAUCAUCAGAUUGUACAAGUUGUAAAGGAAAUAGAAUAAAUAAAAAAUGUGAUUGUUAAGAUGGAUAUUUUGAAGGUGGAUUACCAGAAUGUGUUUGUAUUAUAAUUUAUAAAUAAACUUUAGAAUGUGAUUUUAAAUGUUUAACAUGUUAAAAUAAUCAAUCAGAUUGUAUUAUUUGUAAAGGAGAUCGUAUUAAUAAUCCAAUUUGUUAAUGUUAAGAAGGGUUUUAUGAUGAUUUUGAAAGUAUUAAUUGUUAAAUGUGUGAAAUGAAUUGUAAAAGUUGUAACAUUGAAGGAUGUUUAACAUGUAAUGGAAAUAGAAUAAUAUCUGAUGAAAAAACAUGUGAAUGUCCUUAGAAUUCAAUUAGUCAUUCACAUACUCCUUGGUGUUCAAGUAUUUUAUUCUAUCAUUCAUAUUUUUAGAUUGUGAAGUUGCUGUUUUAAAUAUUAAAUUAUCUGAUGAUUUAUUAUAAAUCAUUAUUUCAUUUGAUCUUUCUUUAAAUCCUAAUUAUUUUUAAACUUAAUAUUUUUAAACCAAUAUUUGCUCUAAAAUUUUGAAUAAUCAAACAAUUUAAUUAUUAGGAAAUAAUCCUGAUUGUCUAUUAAAUUAAGAAGAUCAUAAAUAAUUAAUUAUUUAAUUAGGUUCUGGUGCUAAAAUUAUCCCUGGAGAUUUUAUUAUUUUUUAAAAUAAUUCAUUUGGUUAUAUUAAUUGUAAACCAAAAAUUUCCUCAUUUAUUUUUAAUAUAUUGAAAUUCCCUGUAAAUUUGAGAUCACCUUAAAUAGAAUAUGAAAUACCUCAAUAUUUACUUAAUCCAUGUGAUGAUAAUAGUAUUUAAAUUACAUCUUCAAGUUAUGAUGGGAUUCGGGAUUUGAUAAUUCUAUCUUGGUCUUAUUAAGUAGAAGGGCAAAAUGGAAAUGGUGAUCUUGAAGAAUUUGUUUAAGAACAAACUCUACUGUAACAAUUAAAUUUAGAAAUACCUUUUUAAACUCUUCCAAAAUAAUCAAAAAUAACAUUUUUUGUUGAAUUUAAAAAUUUUUUAUUUUAAAAAUCUUAACAGCACAUAAAUGUCUAAACUCAUUCAGGAUAGUUUCCAACUGUACUCUUUCUUGGAAAAAAACAAUAUUAUACUUUUGAAACUAUAUAAUUACAAUUUUAGAUUUAAAAAAGAGAUUGUUCAAGUUCUAUAGAGCUUUAAAAUGAUAGGUCUGAGUAUACAAUCACAUUAGUUGAAAUUUAUAAAAAUACAUCCUACUCUUAGUCAUCAAAAGUGAAUUUUUCCCAAACUACAAGAGAAUAUUUUUUUAAUGUGACAAUAUAAAAGUUUACAUUAACUCCUUUAACUGCAUAUACAUUUUAACUUUAAACUUUGGAACCUUUAAUUAACUUUAUAUCUACCAGAAAUAUAACAAUUGAAAUAAUGCAAAAAGGUGUUCUAUGUUAAUUUAAUCAAAUAAACGAGAUUCAAAAUUAUAGAAAAGAUUUAAUUAUAUAUAUUUAAUGCAGAAAUUUAGAUACUUAGUAUGAUUGGAAUGAAGAUUCAGAUAUUACAAUAGAAGUGGCUUGCGUUGAUUUAACACAGGAUAGUUUUUGCUUAGACAUCAAUAAAAAGACAAUUUAAGUUAAUAAAACAUCCUUUAUUCAAAUCAUUCCAAAACUCACAGUUAAGCCAUUUAGUAUUUUUUAAUGGUCUGUAUUAGCUUUUUAAAAAUAAUAAAAAUACUCUUUUAAAUAAAAUAUUGUUUUUUUAGAUAAUGAUUUUAAGUCAAUUGAUUUAAAUUAUAAUAAAGGAUAUACAAUAAGACCUAUCAAUAAUUACGAAACUUUAAAAUUUUAAUUUAAUACUCCUUUUGAAGAUAGGAAUAAUUUAGUAGGUUAUUCUAUUUCAAUAUUAUAUAACUUUUAAUUGAUUAAGAUACUUAUACCUUAAUAUUUUUAAUAUAGUUUUAGAUUAUAUGAUAAUUAUCAAUAAUUCAAUUUAGGAAAUAAAAUAAAUUUAAAAUUUUUGGUUCAAUACAAUAACGAUAUAAUCCCUAAUUAAUAAGACCUAAAAUUAACCCUAAAUCUGCCUCCUAUUUGUUAAAUUAAUAUAAGGUAAUUGUAUUUACAAGCUUUAAAAUUAUUAAAAAUAGCAGCGAAUUGUUUAUUAUCAGAUGAUUAUCCAUAUACAUACUAAUUAAGAUUUUUCUUGUCUGAAUAAGACUUAGAGGACUUUAAAAAUAAAUAAUCUGAUUAUUCUUUAAUUCUUUAGAGUUUCUAAAAAUCUAAUUAAUUUUAAAUAUAUUUACCUUAAGAUGAAAAAGCCAUUGUUGUUAUUUAAAUAAUGGAUUCAAGAGGCUCAAUCUCAAAUGUAUAAUAGCUAUUAAAUAUAACCAAAUUAGAAUACAAUUGUUCAAAUCUUCUAUAUAGCAAUCUUAAUUAUAAAUAAUAAAUCGCUUUAUUUUUUGAUAUUAUAAAGAAUUACUAUAACGAAUUAAAUUGUGCUAAAUUAUCAAGAAUAUUGAUGGAUUAUAUAAAGAGUUAUUUAUACUCAGAAGAACUAACAAAUUAAUAAUUAGCUAUUCAGAUUGUAAAAAAUUACAAGCGAUUUUUACUUUAAAUGGAAAAUUUGCCCUCAACUUAAAGAUUAUUAUUUAAAAAGGCUUAAGACAUUUGCUACAAUAAUUUAACAAAGUUAAUUUUAGUUAACACUUCUGAAAAUAACAAAUAAUCUAAUGAAACUGUGUCUAAUAUCAAAAAGGAAAUAACAAAACUGAAAACAUUUACAUAAGAAAUAGUGAUUUAACAUAUUAUUUUAGAUAAAUAAAUAAUUAAUAAUGAUUUAAUUAUAGAUGAAGCAUCUUUAUAAAAAAGGGAAUCAAUUAUAAAUUUAUUAAUUAACACAUUAUAUUUAGUGGAUGAUGUGAUUUUGAAAAUUUCACAAACAUCUGUAAAAACUUAUGAAGACUAAGAUAAAAUAGUUAUGUACUCAUAAGAACUUAUCAAUCUAAUAAAUGAAAUCACAUAGUAUGUAGAAGCUAAAGUGGAGGUCAAUAGUUAAUUAUUUAUUUUAAAUGGCUAAAUGAUAAAAUUUUAAUUAGCUAAAAUUUCAAAAGAUUUGUUUAAUUUUUAAUAAAAUUUAUAAAGAGAUUUAAUGGAUGAUCUAGUUGCUUAUGUUUAAAAAUAGUAACUGGAGAUUUAUUUCAAUUAUUUCAAUGUUUCUCAAAAAUAAUUAUCAGAUUUGAGAGUAUUUUUAAAUAAAUCGGUACUUCAAAUUGACGAAAAUUUUUUUAUUAAAACAAGUUCUAAAAAUUUCCUCUAUAAUGGUUAUUGUACAAAUCAAGAUUAAUUUCUCAAGGAUUAUGUAAUAGAUGUUACACAUUACCCUUAUUGCGAUAAUGAAUCUUAACCUACUUUUAGUUUCUAAUGCAUUUUGUAUGACAAUUAUGGAUCAUUUUAAUAAUGUAACUUCUUAGUAACAGAAAUAAAUUCUUAAUUUGUUUAAAUUUCUUGUUAAUGUUCUCAUCUAGGAAUUAUUUUUUUAAUUAGAUAAAACAAUUAAACAUAAGAUUAAUCUAUCACAGUGUAGAAUAUUGCUGAAGAAAAAGUUGAAUGUGAUUUAUAAUUAACUGAGAGGCCUUUUCUUCUUUUUCAUGGCAUUUAUGUAGUUUUCAGUCUUUUUAUGUUUUAUCAAUUAUCAUAUUUAGGAAAAUCAAUAAGAGACGAUUUUGAAUCAGCUCCCAUAGAUAAAUAACACUCUGUUAAGUUAAAGAUUUAUUAAAGUAAUAUAAUCAUUUUUAAAGAAUGCUUUAAAGUAAUUUUAAUUAAUAAAUAGUAUAUACAUUAAAUAAUAUCCUUGUUUUAUUGUGAUGAUCCUGUUAUUAGAUUAAAUUACAGGUUCUUAAGAUUAUCAAUAUAUUUAAGUAUUUUAAUGCCAUUAUCUUUUUAUGAAUCUUUACUUUUCAGCUCUAUAACUUUUGCAAUAAGUUUAAUCAUAAACUAAAUCUUGUUAAUUAUCAUAAGGAUGAUUUUUAAGAUAUUUGAGGCAAUUUAUAGAUUUAAAGGAAUAUUUUGCAUUUUCAUAAUAUUUCUAUCAAUUUUGAUUCAUAUUUUAUCUUACGUUUUAUUUGUUUAUUUUGAGAAAUAAAAGUAAGCAUUUUUAUUAUUUUAGAAAUGAUUGUUCUCAAAUAGCAAAUUAAUACUAAUCUAUAAUCAUAAUGAGUUCUAUUGUUAUUAAUUAUGCAAUUUUUGAUCCGCUAUUCAUCUAUAUGAGAGUUGUUCUUUAUAGAUUUGUAAUACCAACAAUAAAAGUGAAAACAACCAAUCCAUUUAAUCACCUUAUAUAUUUUUUCAUUUAACACUAUAAGCUUGACUAAAUCUUUGAAGAUUUUUUAUAUUUGUGA